AUGGGGUACAUUCAUAGCUACACAAAUACCUUCCUGGUAGAUGUACUAGAGUAUACGGGAUUGGUUACAAUUGAUCCCCACUUCGUGGAACAAGGUGGGUUGUCGAGUGAAGAUGACAGCAAGGAGUCUCAGGAUUUGGAAGCGUUCGCGGAAACGAGUUCCACACACCACAGUCCCAUCGACGAAAAGGACCCGUUUCUGGUCGACUGGAAUGGUCCUAAGGAUCCGGAAAACCCCUUAAACUGGAAACGUGGUAAGAAGGCUUUGGUCGUGUUUGAGAUGAUGUUAUUAACGUGUGCCACUUACAUGGGUGCGUCUAUUUAUACGCCUGGUCAAAUGGCUAUUCAAGAAGACUUUCACGUAGGUCAUGUUGUGGGAACGCUAAACUUGUCGCUUUACGUUCUCGGGUACGGGCUGGGUCCGGUGGUGUUUUCGCCCCUCUCUGAGGUGGCCAGGGUCGGCCGCCAGCAUAUUUAUAUUGUGACCCUCUUUAUGUUCAUGAUGUUCCAAGUUGGAGCCGCGACAGUCAAUAACAUAGGUGGUUUGGCGGUAAUCAGAUUCAUCUCUGGUGUGCUUUGUUCUCCGUCACUUGCCACUGGAGGGGGUACAAUGGGUGACAUCAUUCAGCCUGAGGUUGUUCCUGUGUUCAUCGGGUUGUGGGCAAUCGGUGCAGUUGCAGCUCCGGUGGUAGCGCCAUUAUUAGGUGCCGCUAUGGUCGUGGCUAAAGGCUGGCGGUAUGUUUUCUGGUUACUGAUGUGGAUUAGCGCGGCGACACUGAUCCUUCUUGUUAUAUUUUUCCCUGAGACACAACAUCAGAAUAUCUUGCACAGGCGUGCAGCUCGAUUGAGGAAACAGACCGGCGACAAUCGCUAUUAUACCAAGCAGGAAAGGCUAGACUCAGAAGUUCCACUGUCAUCAUUUAUGAAGGAGGUUUUCGUGCGUCCAUUUCUGAUCAUGGCUCUUGAACCAGCAGUGCUGGCGUUUGACGUGUACAUUGCUCUCUGUUAUGGUGCGUUCUACCUCUUUUUUGAAGCCUUUCCCAUUGUGUUUAUUGAGAUUUACGGCUUCACACUGGUGGAGAUGGGUUUGGCUUACAUGGGGUUCUGCGUUGGGUGCUUAAUUGCAUACGUAGCCUUGCUGGUGUAUCUUGCCAAAUACAUUGGCCCAAAGUUCAAAAAUGGUACAUUCACACCCGAAGACUUUCUACCACUAUCAAUGGCUGUCUGCUGGGCACUACCCCUGUCGCUUUUUCUCUUUGGAUGGACUGCGCGGGUUCAUUGGAUACUACCGGUGAUUUCAGAGAUGUUCUUCGUGCUCAAUGUCUUUAACUUGUUCCAAUCUGCGUUUGCGUAUUUAGCCAUGGUCUACCCUCGCUACUUGGCGUCUGUGUUCGCGAGUAACGGAUUUUGUCGGUCCGUUUUCGCCUGUGCAUUUCCAUUAUUUGGUCAAGCUAUGUACCGUAACCUGGGGAGUGAAAAAUACCCAGUAGCUUGGGGAUCAUCUUUGGUUGGCUUUUUCUCCAUUGUGCUGGCGAUUAUCCCAUUCUUCUUUUACAAAUAUGGGCCCAAAAUGCGGGGCAGGUCGCGCUACGCCAAUUAG